GCAUUCAGACCAGUAAACCACUUAAAUAUUUAUGUUACUAUGAACAUUUCCAUUUAUAAAAUUCCUGUUUUUAUUUAGAAAUCUCAAUUAGAAAUAGUUUCUAAUAUUUAGUGAAAGUUUCGCUAAUUUUUCGUGCAUUUUAUUGACAUCAUCUCAUUUACAAAAAAAUUGCUAUUCCAUUGUAGGUACGAUGAUAUCUUACGUAAGAGAUUUUUUCAUUUUCCUUCUCCUUUCUGCCAGCUCUAAGCAAAAAUGUCAGAAUAAUAAUACAGAUGAAAACUGUACAUUGGAUAUUCUUCGUUGCACAGGAAAUAUUACAAUACCACAGACAAAUUAUCCCUGUGUUCUGUCUAAUAAAGAUUUUACUGGAUGCAAAGACUUGAAAAUGAAACACACAUAUACAUCUCAAGUACAAAUAUGUGAUAGUGGCGAAAUUGAUGAAGAGAAAGUCCAACGUAUCUGUGGAGAUGUAUUUCGACAAAAAGAAAAAUGUCUUGUUACUGUGAAGGCUUUAGAUUUGUCAAACAAUAAACUUUCAUUACAAAACUGUGAGAUGUUUAAUGGGCUAAUCGAACUGGAAAAUCUUGACUUGUCACGCAACAACAUCACGGAAAUUCCCAAGGGAUGUUUUAAAACUUUUAACAAAUUAAGAAAUCUCAAUAUUUCUCACAAUAAAAUAAAGAAAAUUGAUCGUCACACAUUUGAUGGACUAUGUAGUUUAGAAAUGUUAUCAUUCGAAGGCAGUGAAACAGAAGUCCAACUUCGUGAUAUUUUUACUUUAAGAAAUUUAAAGUUUGUGUAA